AUGGAGAUAGUAGUUCUAGACAGCUGGAGCAGCCAGACGACCCUAAAUGUCCCUCGGCAGGUCCUUAUCUUCCCACAGUGCCAGGGAGUCCGGGCACGCCCACGCGCCCGUGCCUGCUCUGGGCGCCCCCACGUCUGCAAAGACUCCUCUCUCCUCCUGUUACGGAACCAGCACCUAAUGCACCCAAAAUUCACAGACCUCUCUCGCCCUCCCGAAUCCCUGCGUCCCGGGGGUGGGGGUGGGGGCGGAGGUGGUUUAAAAGGGGGUCCCUUCCUUUCUGGCCCCCAGCCCUUUCUAAAGCUAACCCAAGACCCGAGACUCAGGUCUCCUCAGCAUGGAUUUCAGGUUCCCGGACGGGGGAGGGGGAAGGGGAGGAAGGAGAAUGCCGCUUACCUCUCCCCACCAAAGCCUCUCCAAGCUCGGGGAGCCAGGGGUGGCCAAGCAGAGAGGGCGAGAGCCCGGGGCCGGAGGCCAAACGCCGGCGGGGGAAGCUCGGAAACCAGCUCCUCCCCUGAGCAGCCGUCCGCUCGCGAAGGGGAAGCCGACGCCCCCGGCAGCCAAACCCACACGACCCACGCCCUGAGGUCUGGGUCACUGCGCCAGGAACGCGGAGAAAGCCACGGGCUCCCAAACCUGCCAGGCGCUUCUGGCCAGGCCGCUACCUCGCCGCCCCUUGCUUGCUGGUCGCCCUGGACGCUCACCACCGGAAAAUCACCCGAUUGGGAAAGCGGCUUGAUGUCAGAGAGGUGGAGGGUGCCUUCAGGACAAAGGAAGAUCGGGUUCCACAAACACGGGGGGAUUUGGUUCCAGAGCCGUUCCCACGCCCUGCGAAAGUGGAUCACCUGGAGGAGUAGGCAGCACAGAGGCUGGGGAGGCUUUGCGCACUGGGGACUUUUUCAGGCGUGAGACUAGAG